AUGGUAGACAAUAUUGAUAAUAGAGAUUAUGACAAUCUUGGUCCUGAUAUAGUGGUGUCGUCUCCCUUACGGCAGAGUGUAUAUAGUAGCAACAUACAAUCCGCGAUGGCUUUAAAAAAACAAUUACAAGAACAACUAAACGAAAACGCAAAUAAGAUUCAAAUGACUGCAGAACUAGGCGCCGCACUUGUAAAGCAACAAACCGAAUUAGAAAGUCAAAUACAAGAUCUAGAUAAAACUCACGGAGACGAAGUUCCUCAAGAAUUAAAAAAUAAAUUAAUAGAUCUCGAAAAAACUGCAAGAGCUUUAGAUGCAAAUGCUGCAAAAGUAUUUCUAGGCACUAAAGGACUUACUGAACCUAAUCAAACAAUUGCAUCACGAGAAUUUUGCUUAGAGUAUUUUGUCUUCGGAUUAUCAUCUGAACUUAUUGAAUGGAAUGCUGCCAUACAAAUAGAUCCAGAUGAGAAUAGUUUAAACGUAACAUCUGCCACAACACCUGCUGUAGCAGGAUCAAAACUUUCAAGACGUGAACGUAACAACGCAAAAGGUCGACAAAAGGAUAUAGAAUUUGCGACUGAAAUAGGGCAAGGCUUGUUGAUAGAAGUCAGACGUUUACAAGCUUUACUCCAAGAAAAAGAUGAGCGAAUAAAAGAACUUGAGAUUGACAAAUCCGAGUUAGAACGUACUAUUGAACAACUUAAUAAAACAAUAAGAACAAACAAAGAAUCUGAAGAACGGUUAAAUGAACAAAUUUGGUCACUUGAACUUACAAGACAGGAGCUUAGUAAUCAAAUAGAGGAACUUCAGCAACAACUUGUCAGAGCUCGUAUUGACUAUACAAAAAUCGAAAAGGCUCUUUCAACUGCAACUGAUGUUAUCGAACAGCUUAAAGAUAAAGAAGAGAAAUUGACAAUAAAUGUUGAGAAUUUGAGGGCUCGUCAUGAACAAGAUAUGGCAAAUAAUCGUAGACAUAUCGCUGCACUUAACCGAGAGAAAACUGAUCUCUCAAAAACCAUUGAAGACUUAGAAUCUCAAUUGGAAUGUUUAGUAAACGCCUCCAGAAUUAAGAAGAAACCAGGUGUCGCUUCAAAUGAUUUAUAUUAUGACGAAAACGGACAAGUUAUCAACGAUUUAAACGGAACGCAUCCAGGGAUUCCUAUAGCAUUACAGAACAAGAAUUUGAAUGUUGAAGUUGAAACCUUGAAAGCACUUAAUGCUGCAAAUCGUAUGAUUGGUAAUCUUCGUGCUAAUCUUCAAAAAGAAAAGAGUGAAAAAUAUGAAUUAAGGAAACUUUUGGCCGAUAGUCAAGAACAAAUAGAAGCAAUACGUAAUGCGGAAUUUGAUGUCCCCGUUCCUAACAAACGAAGAAUUCAACAAAAGACAUCGAACAUGGGGCUCUCUAAUAUUAUUGAAAAUACAGAACUUUCUAGGGACGAUGAAUUUGGUGAAGACUAUCAACAUAGAGAUGGUUAUUCUAGCGAAGAAUAUACAAUUUAUAGCGAAGAAGAUAUCAUAAAUAAAAGUACUCGUCCAUCAUCGGAUUGGUUUAACACUCGUAGAUCAAACACCUUAUCUAGAAGUUCUAGAACUAGUCGAAUAUCUAGUCAAGCAUCUUCUUUAUUCCAGAAGCGAUCUAGAGCUGAUGAAAGUAUCUCUGAUGUCGAAGAAGAAGAAAACGAAGACAUGAUUGAAACGAAAAUAUCUGAAGCUCCUAAGAUCGACAAAGAUAUUUCUUGUAAAGAUGAAGAAAGUGAAGAAGAUACAGUUAAGGCACAAAGAGCUGAAGCGCUUCGGAAAUUGGACGAAAACAGUUCGACCAGGUCUCGAAUUUCUGUUAAUAAACCUGAAACUCUUGAAGAUAUCUUCGGUAAUUAUCGCAGAGAGUCGAUUGCUCAAAGAAAUGAAGACGAAGAUGCCAGCACGAAUAGAGAUAGUAAAGUUGAAAGCGUUCAUAGAAACGAUAUAGAAAAUUCAACAUAUGAAAAUAUAGAAUAUAGUGAUGAACCUAAAACACCAAAAGAUGAAAAAAUAGACACAUAUACUUCUGAGCAAGCAAACGAAACAAACGUUGAUUCUAAAAGAGAAUCAUCGUCAUCCAAAAGGGAUUCCAAGAGAGGUUCCGAUAUAUCCAAAAGGGACUCCAAGAGAGGAUCAGACUUAUUUAAAAGUGAUUUCAAACGUGUUUCAAGACAUGAUGUUUCUGUAUCGACCUCUGGAGAACCUAUUGCACCUAUCAAGACAUUUAAGGAUGCUGAAGUACAAACAGAACCAACAGAACCAGAAUUGCAACGAAAUUAUUCUAUUUCCAGCAAAUUUACGUUUGGAAAUAGAGAGACAAUGGUUUUUGAAAAUGUUAUACAUAACCCAAAUGAAGACAGUACUUCCACGCACCAGUCAGCUUUAUAUAUACCUGACAACAAUAACAUUGAUAAAAGAUUUACUCUUGACCUGAGUUCAUCAUUGAAUAACCAAAGAGAUAAUAAACCUUCUGCCGACACCAAUAAAAAUGUUGAAGUUAUUGGUUCUCGGGUUAACUCAGAUGAUCGACCUCAUAGCGCCUUGCAAAGUUCGUAUAAACAUCAAGUCAAUAGUUUAGAUCCUCCUCCACGCCCUACGUCUGAACCACUACAAACACCAAUAACACAUAUGCAACGUCCUACAUACGUAGAUUUUGGUCAACAGGCCGGAUCACCAAAAGUUCCUCAUCCUCUUAACGCUCAGGGACAUAGAGGUUCGACUGAUUCAAGUAAUCAUACCAGAGGUGUUAAUGAUAACAGCAUAAAAGAUGCAAACUCUGUAACAACUCGUCAUCGUCAUACAACUAGUUCAGAUUCAAUCUCAUCUGUAAGCAGUAAUUCGUCUUCAAUUGAACCAGUUAGUCACCAAUCAGACUCAUCUUAUGUAGAACCCAGUGGACCAAUGCCCGGACGAUCUGGAACUGAUCCACGUAUUAUUCAAGCAAUAACUCAAACAAUGAUUGGUGAAUACUUAUGGAAAUAUACGCGACGUAAUUUUGGAACUGGCAUUUCAGAAAAGCGGCACAAACGAUUCUUCUGGGUUCAUCCUUAUACAAAGACCUUGUAUUGGAGUAAUAAAGACCCUGGUACUUAUGAACCCGUUGAUCCAAAGUCAAAGAGCGGAAUGUCUUAUUUUGGUAUGUGCAAUAUACAAUGGUCUAAUUUACUAUCAUACAAACGGUUGUUAAAAUGA